AUGUCGAACCAAUUAUCGCCUUUCGGAAUGGCGUUCGCGGGAGCGGUCGGGGGUGUCGUUGCCAACUCGAUGGUGUGAGUUCACAUGCGUCACUUUGAGCCCCGGGAGACGAGGGUCGACGAGGAGGGACCCGUCUCAUGGUUGGUAAGACAAUAACUGACCAGGCUCCUAUGAAUGACUCUUUAGGUACCCUCUUGAUACGUAAGUGUCACUUCGAGUGAACGUGCGAAAGGGCACGUUCCAUCCCGCUCGAUGAAGCUUUCGUGAUUGUAGAGAGCGGAAGCCCUCCGCCCGCGCUUGCAGACACCCCGGCUAUUCGGAAACCCGCUCGCAUAGAGGUGAUCGAGCGGCUCGCACAUCACGUUUCCAGAAGACCGCGGAUUGCAUCACGGGCAUGAUUCUUGUCUGAACCUGACACCUUUCUUGGGCUGCUCUCCUUCGGGACUCCAUGAUUAUAGUAUCAAGACGCGCAUCCAAACCGAAGUACAAGGCAAGAAGUCCGAAGCCGGCGCGGCAGGGGCUUCCUCCCCCUCGGCGUUGAAUCGACCGGGCGCGCCGAACCGACUACCCGCGGCUAGCACCAGUCGGAGUGCGGAUGGUGCGGCGAUCAAGGGCAAAGGGGCGCGCGAGAUGUUAUUCAAGGUCUUGAAGGAGGGUGGGGUUAGGGCUUUGUACCGUGGGUUUGGGGCGAGCAUGUUGAACACGUUUAGUAUGCAGUUGUGAGUUUUGGUAGGAAUGAAGCGGGAGGGGAGAGGAGGGGCAGAGGCACGGGCAGGAGCUGUGACCAAGGAAUCGGGUUGCUGAUGCAUGUAUUACUCCCUUCGAAACAGUGCGUACUUUUACUGGUACACGAUCGUGCGAAGGACCUACAUGAAGCGAUUCCCUUCCGUUGCCGCUCUCAACACCGCGUGAGUUGAGGAAUGUGUUUGAAUUUACGGCUCUCGUCCGCUCCCUUCUCAGGGUGCAUCGCGAAGAAUGCUUGAAAGCCAAAGAGCGCGGCAUCGAACCCUUGAGACGACCACAAAAAGACUACAAAGCUGAUUCGGGUCCUCGAACUCUUCUUCCAAAUUCAGUACCGAACUCGCCCUCGGCGCCCUCGCCGCGGCCUUUGCUCAACUCUUCACCAUCCCCGUCUCGGUCAUCGCAACUCGCCAACAGACCUCGACCAACGACCAAGGUUUCGCUGCGACGACGCGCGACAUCCUCGCCGACGACGGCAUCACCGGUCUCUGGAGGGGUCUGAAACCUUCCCUUGUGUUGGUUGUCAACCCUAGUAUCACUUACGGCGCGUUCGAACGCCUCAAGACGGCGCUGUUGAAGCCGGGGGAGAAGAUGACCCCUGGGAAGGCAUUCUACGUCGGGGCUUUGUCAAAGACGUUGGCGACGGUGGUGAGUGGACAUUUCCUGAGCUGUCGAAGCUGAAAAUUUUCUUGGAGACUGACCGUUCGCCGGAAAUGCCUAACAGGUCACCUACCCUUACAUCAUGGCCAAAACCCGCCUCCAAGCCAAAUACGAGGACGUCGACGAACCCCUUCUUGAUGAAGAAGCCUCGAUCGGACUGCCCUCAAAGUUGACGCAGCACAAGAAGCGAAAGGAGAGGUACAAUGGGGCCGUCGAUUGCUUGCGACAGGUGUACAAGGAGAAUGGGUUCGCCGGGUGGUACCAGGGGAUGCAGGCGCAGAUUACUAAGGCGGUUCUGUCCCAGGCGUUGUUGUUCGGUAUCAAGGAUGCGAUCGAGGCUUGUGAGUCAGGAGCUUGUCGUUUGGCGCGGAGGCGGGGUCUAUGGCGAGAUUCUCAAUUGACUUUCGUAACAUUUCUUCUGAUGCACAGACGUCGCUUUGGCUUUGUUGUGGUACGCACGCAAGUCGGGUCUGGCCGUCGGUGUCAAGUCCGUCUAA